GCCACUUCCAAAAUUCUGUACAAUUCGAAAGGUAAACACAGAAAAACACUACUCGUCUGCAAGACUGCAACUUUAGGGAACAGAAAGUGGAUAAGCCGGCAAAUUUUGCACUUCACACGCAGUGAGGUUGAAGAGGAGAUGUUGGCGGCAAGCCCUAAUUCUGGCUUCCACCUUCCUCCCUCGCGCGCGAAGGCGUCAAAUUCCGACAAGCUCAGAAUAUUCUCUCAUUUUUCACCGGCGAAUUGCUCUCGUCCCUUGAAAAAUCUGCAGUUUUGGUCCAUUUUGCCGCGCAACUCUUUUAUUCGGGUUUCUCGAGCGAGAAAAAGGAGAAAUGCGAGUAGGAGCUUGUGUAAUCACUUCGCCAUUGGAGCUUGUUUAGCAGCAGAGCCCCGGGUUCAGCAUGAGGAGGCGGUUCAACAGUCAUUUGCUCCGCACUCAAUCAAAAUCCCUGUUGGUGAUCGCCAUAUCUUAGUUGAGACUGGUCACAUGGGGAGACAAGCUAGUGGUGCUGUUACUGUUACAGAUGGGGAAACUAUUGUCUAUACGACUGUUUGUUUGGCUGAUGAUCCAAGUGAGCCAUCGGAUUUCUUUCCUCUUUCUGUAAACUAUCAAGAGCGAUUCUCAGCAGCUGGUCGAACGAGCGGUGGGUUUUUCAAGCGAGAAGGAAAGACAAAGGACCAUGAGGUUCUAAUUUGUAGACUUAUAGACAGACCUCUGCGCCCAACUAUGCUUAACGGAUUCUAUCACGAGACACAAGUACUAUCUUGGGUACUGAGUUAUGAUGGUUUACAUCCCCCAGAUUCUUUAGCGGUGACUGCAGCUGGGAUUGCAGUAGCUCUUUCAGAAGUGCCAAGUUCUAAAACUAUUGCUGGUGUUCGAAUUGGCCUUAUUGGUGAUAAGUUUGUUGUGAAUCCGACUACAAAAGAGAUGGAAGGCUCUAAAUUAGACUUGUUGCUAGCGGGGACGGAUAGUGCAAUAUUGAUGAUUGAGGGAUAUUGCGAUUUCCUUCCCGAGGAAAAAUUACUUGAAGCAGUAGAAGUUGGUCAGAAUGCUGUGACAGCUAUAUGCAAAGAGGUGGAAUCCUUGGUGAAAAUGUGUGGAAAACCAAAAAUGGUCGACGCGAUUAAAUUGCCCCCUCCGGAGCUGUAUAAGCAUGUUGAGGAAAUUGCAGGUGAUGAAUUAGUUGAAGCUCUACAAAUUAAGAACAAAAUCCCAAGAAGAAAGGCAUUAUCAGCUUUGGAAGCGAAAGUCUUGAACAUACUUACAGAGGAGGGCUUUGUUAGCAGGAAUGAAGCUGCUGUUUCUACCGAAACUCUACCGGACUUGAUUGAGGAUGAAGAUGAUGAGGAGAUUGUAGUUGAUGGUGAAAUUGAUGAAGGUGAUUUUCACAUCAAGCCAGUCCCGAAGAAGGUCGCUCCGUUGCUGUUCUCGGAGGUUGAUGUGAAGCUUGUUUUUAAGGAAGUUUCAUCCAAAUUCCUACGGAGACGUAUUGUGGAGGGAGGAAAAAGAAGUGACGGCAGAACACCCGAGGAAUUACGCUCUAUUAACUCACGUUGUGGUUUACUUCCUCGAGCUCAUGGAAGUGCUCUUUUUACACGUGGUGAAACUCAGUCAUUAGCUGUGGUUACACUUGGUGAUAAUCAAAUGGCACAAAGACUGGACAAUCUUGUCGAUGAAGAUGAGUUCAAAAGAUUCUAUCUUCAGGUGGGUGACAUUGAUGAAAAGUUCAUCUUUCUAAUGGAGAUUUUCAACGUCUGGGUUGAUUGCAAUCUUGUGGUCUGUAGAGAUUGUGUUACUCCCAGGACUUUGCGCUUUGCUGUUCAGCUAUCAUUACCUGGAGCACUCUAUUCUUUUCCUCCGUCUUGUGUUGGAGAAGUUGGACGUGCAGGAGCUCCAUCAAGAAGAGAAAUUGGCCAUGGAAUGCUUGCAGAGAGAGCCCUGGAGCCAAUAUUGCCUUCUGACGGUGACUUCCCUUAUACUAUACGAGUUGAGAGUACCAUCACUGAAAGCAAUGGCUCAUCUAGCAUGGCUUCCGUUUGCGGAGGUUGCUUGGCAUUACAAGACGCUGGUGUCCCUGUGAAGAGUUCGAUAGCUGGUAUAGCCAUGGGCAUGGUUUUGGACACUAAGGAAUUUGGUGGCGAUGGGACUCCACUUAUCCUCUCCGAUAUAACAGGGGGUGAAGAUGCUUCGGGAGAUAUGGAUUUCAAGGUUGCUGGAAACAAUGAUGGUGUAACUGCAUUUCAGAUGGACAUAAAGGUUGUAGGAAUUACUCUACCAGUCAUGCGACAAGCUCUCCUGCAAGCAAGAGAGGGUCGAAAGCAUAUUCUUGCUGAGAUGGAAAAAUGCUACCCUCCUCCUUCCAAGCGACUCUCAAAAUACGCUCCAAUUAUUCAUGUUAUGAAGGUGAAAGCCGAUAAAGUUAACCUGAUCAUAGGUUCUGGGGGAAAGAAAGUGAAGAGCAUAAUUGAAGAAACUGGGGUUGAAUCUAUCGAAACACAAGAUGAUGGCAUUGUUAAAAUUACAGCUAAAGAUCUGUCUAGCUUGGAGAAAUCCAAAGCUAUCAUCAGCAACCUGACAAUGGUUCCAUCUAUUGGCGAUAUUUACAGGAACCGCGAGAUCAAAUCAGUUGCCCCAUAUGGUGUUUUUGUUGAAAUUUCACCUGGCCGUGAGGGACUAUGCCAUAUUAGUGAAUUGAGUGCGAAUUGGCUGGCUAAGCCUGAAGAUGUUUUCAAGGUUGGAGACCGUGUCGAUGUCAAACUUAUUGAGAUUAAUGAGAAAGGACAACUUCGGCUGAGCCGUCGUGCCUUACUUCCCGAGUCUAACCAAGAGAAGUCGAGCACAAAGCCACGUAGUGCUACUGCUAGCCCCACUAAAGAAAGUACAGAUAACCAGAAAGCCAAUAAGAAGAGUAAGCUGAAAAAAAUGUCAUCUGAUCCAAAGAAUGAGUUUGAGGCUGAGGCCAAUAGUGCUGAGGCUGAAGUCUUGGCUCCAGCAGAAACCGAGCCUGGGGAAGCCAAUACAUUAGUUGGGAAGAAGUUUGUCAAAAAACUUGUAAGCUCGGAAAAGGAAUCUUCCGAGACUGACAAAAUCAAGCCCAUGAAAAAUAGAUCCAGGAAUAAUGAAAACGCUGUUGUAAAUGGAGAGGCCAAAGUCGGAUAGCAAAUACCCCUCGUGAUGUCUAAUAUUGGCAGAUGGACACCUACGCAGUGAUGUUCUUGAUCGAGUGGAUUAAUUUGGAAUCUUUCAUCACAAGAACGGGAAAUUCCUCCGGCCAAAGGUAAUAACUAAACUGCCUUAAUCGUGCAGCACAUGAAGAAAAACUUACGUUGUGUUAAUUGAGUUCCACACGUGGAAGAGACUUUUUUACGAACGGAACAGAUGGCCCGAGUAGAUUUGCUUCUCCAUUAAUAUUCCAUUUUCGAAGCAGCUGCGUAAUUGCUUUGAUUAGAUAUUAUCGACCCAUGUUAUCUUUAUGCAAUGGCUAUAGGCAAAUCUGGCAGCAAAGUUUAUCUGUGGUCUUGUCAGCAAGAAAAACGUUUUUGGAGAAGUCAGUUUAUUAUUAGAUCGUUUGAAUGAUGGAGUUAUUUUCUUCUGGAGCAAUGCUUUGAACUUUUUUGCCUAAUUUUGCUUUUAUUGAAUUUUUACCUUGGUCCUGUAUGUUUUAGACAUUCCAUUUCUUGUGCUUGAAGUCAUCUGGAGGUGCGGUUACUGCAAGGAAAUGAUUAAGGGCUUUGUGGAUGAGAUGUGUUUUUACUGUUAUGAUUGUGAUUUUUGGAUGCAUUUCUUUGGUGCAAAGGAUUGUUUUAGUGAAGAUGGAGUUAGAAUGAAGCAUUGGGUCUUGCAUGAUGAUUUUGGUGGAGUUUUAUUUUAUCAAAAUGUAUAUAUAUUUGACAAUCACA